AUGGCAUUUGGAAAUACGAUACCACUCGCUAGAGAAUCUAAGUAUAAACUUAAGGAUAUUUUGAUUCCAACAAAUGAAAAUGCACAAGAUGGUUUAUAUAUUUUUUACCUGGAAAAGAAUUUAAGAAUGCCAGAUUUUUCCGAAAUCUUGGAAGAAAUUUGCUUAUCUUUGAAAAAAGGUUCUAUUAGAUUGUCACAGGAAGAUUUGGAGCCUACUGAAGAAUAUAUCAAUGCAGUUGAAAAUGCAUUAAGUUAUUCAGAUGAUGGUCAAGAACAGAGAGAGGCUUUUAAUAGAGUAGGAGAAGCUUGCAUUUUGGGCCUUUUUGCCAUAAAUGUCAUAUUAAAAGCAUGUGAAUUUAUUACUGAAGUAGUUCAAUCUAAUUCUGCUUUUGGUCCAUGCCCCGG